AUGGCAGGACGCACUGUUUCCAGCGGCGACGUCGGGCGCCGCAGUGCGGCAGUGCAGCGUCUGAUCGAUAGCGCUGAUCAGUCUCUUAGCCUUCUAGCCUCUUUUGGCGAUUCCUCGGUACCGAUGUUACCGCGGCCGUCGGGAUUUGGCGCUAACAGUGCAAAAUCACAAAGCACCGAUAACUACGACACCUCGUCCGUCUCGAAUGUUCCAGGCCGGUCUAGACUCGAUGAUCACAUGAAACUUACAAAAAAUCGACUGGCUUCUUUCGCAGAUGAGGAUGAGCGCUUGCUGGAGCCUGUAGUCAGGACAUCGGUGCGUUCGGGGCUGCUGCACGUAAAAGGGGUCUUCCCAGAUCAAUCGACAGAGUUUGUGGACGUGGAACCCCAUCUCACUACCAUUGGAGAUCUUAAGCGCGCACUUUGCGACAAGCGUAAUUCUGCACGUGCUUUAGGCAUUGUAGCAGAGGACGCCCGCAUCAUGUUCGGCGGACGUUUGGUUGAGGACGCGUGGCUCAUGGUAGAUUGCGGUUUGAACUUUGAAGGAGGAAUUCACAUUGUACGAGCAAUGGCCACGGAAAAAACAUUUUCGAGCAGAGAGAAUGCCGAAGUUCCUGUUAGAAAGGUGCAGCGUGCGGAUCCGAAGCUUUCUAUUUCAUCUAUUUCGUCAGUGUAUGCGGCGUCACAAGGGUCAUUGGUGGUGGACCCAUUAGCGUCAUCUAAUGACCAAGAAAUGGACCAGCAAGCGAGCUACAGUCAGGCUCUGUCACUUAGUACAAUCUCGUCAGUCAAAGGAGAUUUGUUUUCGCGCCAUGUGCGUCCAGAAGAAAUUAUGUUUGCCGAAAUGGUAGAGGACUUUUAUGAACACUUAAAUGACGUAAACGACUCGGAUCUGUAUUGUGAAAGGCUGCUGAGUGGGUACAUAUCCGCGUUGCAAAACCGCCUGGAAAAGCUGGAGGCGUCAAUAGCAGGUAGCUAUGACAUGCGCGGAGCGCCGACGCAAGCGCGAAAGCGACUACAGAGUGAUAUGAAGGAGCUGCGGGACGAGCGCAACACGUGGCGACUGCUAUUUGAGCUGCGACGGGUGUGUCAUUUGACGAAAGGGAUAGCAGAAUGUGGGGACAGUAUUAUAAGUACAGAGACGAACGAGCUGCGAUUUGAAAUGCUGGAAGACGACGCUGUGCGUCUGCUAGAAACUCGCAGUGAAACAUUUCGGAUUCAAAGAGCAGUAAAGAUGUGGCUUGAGAGUAUGGCGCUUGAGAAGACAGUCAAUCUGGGCGGGAAGCGUGGUACCAGCGGGUCGCGCACGCUUCGAAUGUUAAAGAGACAGGAAUUAAAAAAAAACGUCGUUUAUAUGGAUCCUGAUGCGGUGGUGCGGGACGGAGAUGCUCAAGUUUCGCAAGAUGACUUGGAGGAUGAAGCAGAAUUAAUGAAAGCGCUCUGGCUUUAUGUCCGAGCUGGACGAAUGGAUGAUGCAGUUGACUUGUGCAUCCGUUUGGGUCAGUCCUGGAGAGCAGCGAGCUUAUCAGGAGGUCAUCCUGUUGGUGCCAGCGAAUCUAAUGAGCGCAGAAAUCUGUCGUUGGAGAGAUGGGGAAACCCUCUUCGCGCCCUUUGGAAAUCAAUGUGCUGGCUUUUAUCAGAGCAAGGUUGUAGUGAUAAACUUUCGAAGAGCAGCAGUCUGCUUGCAAAAAGUUAUGAAGAGCUAAUUUAUUCAGCAUUAAGUGGCAACAUUCACGUAAUUACAAAAAGCUCGCUAUGCGAGAAUUGGGAGGAUCACUGCUGGGCUUACUUGCAGGGCAUCACAGAGCAGCAAAUUGACGAAGUUUUAUACAACUUGCUAAAGGUAAAGACACAGUCGACGAAAUUGGUCGUUGGGAACAAUACGCAUUACAUACGCCAUUAUUCGAACUUGCUGGACAAGACGAGAUAUCUCAAACGCUACCAGGUCGACCUUGACACAUUGUUUGAAGAGCUGCGUGGAAGCCAGAACGAAAGUGUGCGGCUACAGGCUCAGGAGCCGCAUCGUCUGAUUCAAGCCGAUUUGGUCACUGCUAAAUUUCAAUUUAUUGUGUCAAGUAUUUUUGACGCUGUCCUCUUUCAACCAGACGAUACCUCGUACCACUGGGAUCUGCAGCUGAAUCAAACUUUACAAUGCGACAAAACCUCGUCACUCUUCAUGCGCUUUGCUGCCCACUUCAUUCUCUUUGCCAGCUUUACGGGGGAGCACUUUGACGAGCAGGCGGGUCAUAUGAUUGUAAAGUUGUACAUUCGACAUCUAGUUAAACACCGUCAGCUGCAGCUCGUGCCAGUCUACGCGUCUCGGCUCCCUACAGUCGGUGCGAUCGAAAUCUAUGUACAGAUGCUAAUUACUGUCGAAGAUACGCUAGAACGUGAGCUUUGCGCGAAGAGAAUUUUGAGUUAUGCGGGGAUGGACGUUUUGUCGACCGUGUUGCAAGCCGUUGUUGAACGACUAAGCGAAGAGUACAAGGUGAUAGCCCAGACUCAACAUGAGAUGAAGAAUGGGUCGUUGUCGUUUGACGUACCCUCGACGGAAGUUGACAGAAAGCGUAUACGAUCGAUUGAGUUUUUAUGCUUCUACCCUCAACAUCGUGCUGAGGCGUUGAUUCGUGCUAAUUUUCUCACGCGGCAAUUUAUACGUGAAGGCAAGUUUGCUGCCGUAAAAGUACUUGUUGAGGAGAGCAUGCCGGAGGAUUCAGUUGGCAUCCUCGACAUGAACCGCGAAUCUCAAUUGUUGCGUGGGAGUGGCGAAAUAGAGCGAGCCGUGCGCGAGUUCCUUUGCUGGCGCGCAUACAUUCAGGCUUGUGUGCAGUACGAAUUAUGGAGAAACUGCACUAAUACUCCUGCGAUGGCAUUGUAUAGCGAGGAGAAGGAAUAUCUGGCAAAUCUCAUGUUUCACGUAUCAAGAUCAGCUGCAGCAAUGCUAGAAGUCUUGCACUUUGAAAAUGGGUGGCUUUUGGGCUGCUCUAAGGAAGCUACAGAGGAUCUUUCUCUACGCGAGCGCUGCUUGCCGACGUUAGUUUUUAAUCUACACUUUAUUCAGCUUGAAUCAGCAAAGAUAGUGAUGCGGUUAAACCAUUUUCCAGAAGAUGCCAAGACGGAGCUUGCCCGCCCGCUUUUAGAAAAGUCGAUUGAGGUCGCGGAUGUCGUAGCGGACGAGCACUAUGGGGUGUAUCACACCUUGGACCAGGACCAAUGCCGAGAUUUGCUUCACGGCUUCCGUGAAAGUGCCGUGUCGCUGGCCUUUGUUGAUAGCUUGCAGCUGCAUUUCGAGUCAACUCAGGAAUAA